AUGCCUUCUGCAAUAAUCACCGGAGCAACUGGCAUCCUUGGCCGUGAGAUUGUCUCCGAACUCAGCCAACACCGCCAACAAUGGCCCACAAUCCAUGCCCUCUCGCGCAGCAAAAAGGAAGACUAUGCCGACAAUGUCAUUCACAACCACAUCGACUUGCAAUUUUCUCCCGAUGAGAUGGCCAACGAUCUCAAGAACGUGCGCGGCGAAUACAUCUUCUUCGCCGCCUACCUAGCCCAAGACAAAGAAGAAGACGCCUGGGAAGUCAAUGGCCGCAUGCUCUCCGACUUCCUCUCCGCCCUCGAAAAGACCGGCGCAGUCUCAGAUGUCAAGAGAAUCAUCCUAGUAUGCGGUUGCAAGCAAUACGGCGUCCACCUAGGCAUGCCCAAACAACCCAUGACCGAAGACCUUCCCUGGCUGACCGACACAUCGAAAUGGCCACCAAACUUCUACUACAACCAGCAAAAUAUCCUGCACGAUUUCUGCAAGAAACACAAUAAAGAGUGGGUGGCCACCUACCCCAACGACGUCAUCGGCUUCGCUACGGGAAACUUCAUGAACCUCUCUUCCGCCAUUGCUCUCUACACCCUCGUAUCUAAAGAGCUCUCCGGAAACGAAGGUCUCACGUUCCCCGGCUCACCCGCCUUCUACACCAAAUUCGACUCCUUUACCUCUUCCAAGCUACACGCUGAGUUCUGUGCCUGGGCGGCUCUGGAGCCGCGCGCUGCGAAUCAAGCUUUCAACGUCUUCAACGGCGAUGUAGAGAGCUGGCAGAACCUCUGGCCCAAGGUUGUUGAGUACUUUGGUGGGAGAGUUAAGCCCGAUCAGUUCAAAGAUGCGUAUACAAGCGGUGGUGUGGGAUCUACCCUCAUCAAGAAAGUUGUGGGCAAAGAGGACAUGUCGAGUGCUAUGGAUAUGGCGCCUCAGCCUCCUAUCAGCGCUGUUGCAGAUGAGAUUGGGAUUGAGGGCACGCCGGCGCUGGAGAAGAAUGUCGUGGAGCAGCAUGUGGAUUUGGUCAAGUGGUCGCAGCGUCAGGAUGUCAAGGCUGCAUGGGAACGUCUUGCUGAGCGCGAAGGCUUGGACAAGAGUACUUUUGACAAGGCGACGUGGGCUUUCACCGGGUUCGCGCUGGGGCGCAACUUUGAUCUGGUGAUUAGCAUGAGCAAGGCGAGGGAGUUUGGUUGGACUGGCUACAGAGAUACGUGGGGAAGUCUGAGGGACGUGUUUGAGCAGAUGAGGGGAGCUGGCUAUUUGCCAAAGGCUUAG